AUGGGAAGACAAAGAGUAGAAAUCAAGAAAAUUGAGAAUAAAGCAGUUCGGCAAGUUACAUUUGCUAAACGAAGAAAUGGACUCUUAAAAAAGGCCUAUGAAAUUUCUACGUUGUGUGACAUUGAAGUUGCCCUGCUCGCGUUUUCUCCAUCGGGAAAACCUACAAUUUUUGGUGGGAAAAAAAGGGGCAAUGAAAUGUUCGUGGAUGCUCAAAUGGAGGAAAUUCAAAGGGAUAUGAACACGGUUGGUAAUCAGUUUGAAGAAGUUAUCACACAAUUGAAGUACUAUGAAGAAAUACCGAGCUAUAUCAAGACUGUGAGUGAGAUGGAGGCAUAUGAAGAAUUCUUGAAGCAAACCAUGAACCAAAUCCAGAUGCAGAAGCAAGCUCUGGAAGCAAAUCACCGGGGGCCUCAGCCCGAAAAAAAUUAUCUGGCAGCACCUUUACUGGAAAAACCUGUUCAUGUCCCAAAUGCUGAGAUGCUGACUGGGGGAGGUCAAUCACAGGCACCCGAUGUUGGACUACUCACUGGGGGAGGUCAUGCUAAUACUUCGCGUGCCAGUGCAGUUGCAGGAGGUGGUGGAGUAAUAAGCGCCAAUGCAACCACUGUGGGGGGUAGUUCAAUCUACAAUAUCAACUCCAAGAGUACUGUUCCUCAAACCUCCAUGCUGAACUUUGUUGAUUCUAAUGGGCCUUCUCCCACGAGAAAUCAGCAACAAUAUCUGAACGGUAUUCUUCCACAAGCCCCAUUGUUCCUUCUUGAGGACAGAAACCUUGUUGCUCAUCCACUGACUAAUGAAGGUAAUGAGGUCCGCAGCUAUUAUCUUGAACUGGCGCGUCGAAUGGGGCUCCCUCUUCCCGGAUUGACUAUUGGGAACGCACCUACGGGGGCUCAACACGAUCCACCAGGGCGUGGUGGUCCCGAUGGCCAUGCAGGGCCAAGCGGACAAGCUUCCUUUCAGGCAACAAGACACCCCAGAGACUGA